UCCAUCCUUCCCUAUUCCCAAGUGUGGGGAAGCCCUUGUUCGUGUUCAAUUUUGCCUUUUCUAUCAUCUUUUUGGAUGAUACCAAUGUAAGCUUUGAACUGCUCCUGUUCCUUUCUCCUGCUGUCUUCCCUGUGCACAACCUCUCUAUUUUUAACCUGCUGCAUUCAGAUUUGUUUUCCUAGGCCCUCAUGACCUCCAUGAUAUUUUGACUUUGGAAUAUUUACACCACAGCAUUGUAGGCAUCCUGCAUGGCCGGGCGUGACUAUUGUUGUUGCCAGCUGAAUAGUCCUUGUUUUUUUGGCUGCUCCUUGUGUUCUCACCUUUCAGUGGCUCAGACAGGAGCCCUCCUGGCUCCCUGUGCCCACUUGGCUAUUUACAGCCAGACCCAGCAGCCAUGUUUAUUAAGUUCUUGGAAGUGGAAUCCUCUGGAACAGAAAUCACAAUGCUGCAGAGGGUCUCGAGGAGGGUUUUUACAAGUUCCUUGGCCCUUCAGUGCCCUGGGAUGGAUAAUUGUCAUUGUUGUUGCUCUCAUCAUUCUGCUGAUUCCCCUGGGAACACGGAGUACUUCAGAAACAUGGUUAUUUUUAUCACUUUAUAUGAGUCCACAAAAAAAUAUUUGUUUUUUUUUUUCUAUUUUUUUUCUCUAUUGGCUGUUCAGGGUGAACUUGCUGAGACAAAGAUAAACCAAACUUGGUAUUUCAACACUCCUUCGGUCUUGCAUCCCUGCAAGUGCAGACUGUGACAGAAGGUGGAGUGAGGAACUCAGUGGUCAGUUCAGGGCACUGGACCCAUCUCUUCAGCCUGGACAAAAGGAGGCUCGUGGGAGACCUUGCUCUCCACAGCUCCCUGACAGGAGGGUGCAGCAGGGGGUGUCUGGAGCUCCCCUUUUUGGGAUGUGCAUCCCAGAAUUCCUUCCAUGGCCAGGACUGCGAGCAGCUGUGUGGCAGACUUCUUGAGCAAAAACUCCAGCAGCAUCUUCUCAUUCUGAAGUUGUUCUCAGUUGUGCCUUGUUUUUUGGUAGUAAAUCACUCCAGGUGAAUUCUCAGCUGGUGAAACUUAAGUAACUCUUAACAAUGUAUUCCUGGACUGAAGAAAUGGGAAAAAAUCCUGUCUUUUGAGUUUGCAGGCUUGAAAUGCUGCUGAAGCCAGGGAAGAUGCAGCCCUGGCUUACACUGUCAGGCAGUUUGAUUUGUGUAGGUGGUGGAGUUGAUGCUGGUUUAAACCACCUGUCCUUUGACCCUGCCAGCACUGAGUCCCUGGGGCUGGACAGCCCAGCUGAGGAUGGCAGUGACCCGGGGAAGAGGAAGAGGAGCAGCAUUCCCCCAGAUGGUGGCAGAAAUCUGAGCCUGGAGUCCAUUCCGAUGGGAUUGCCAAUGUCCGACCCGAGCGCCUGGGCCACGGCCAUGAACAACCUGGGCAUGGCUCCCAUGGGCAUGACAGGACAGCCCCUCCUGCCUGAUUUUGACCCUGCUCUUGGGAUGAUGACUGGAAUCCCUCCGAUCAACCCCAUGAUGCCAGGCCUGGGGAUUGUCCCACCUCCCAUCCCUCCGGACAUGCCAGCCGUGAAGGAGAUCAUCCACUGCAAGAGCUGCACUCUCUUCCCACCUAACCCACAUCUUCCCCCUCCAGCCACGAGAGAGAGGCCCCCAGGGUGCAAGACCGUGUUUGUUGGAGGGCUGCCAGAGAAUGGGACAGAGCAGAUCAUCAUGGAGGUGUUUGAGCAGUGCGGGGAGGUCAUCGCCAUCCGCAAGAGCAAGAAGAACUUCUGCCACAUCCGCUUUGCUGAGGAGUUCAUGGUGGACAAGGCACUUUACCUGUCUGGUUACCGCAUCCGGCUGGGCUCCAGCACGGACAAGAAGGACACGGGGAGGCUGCACGUGGACUUUGCCCAGGCUCGGGAUGAUCUCUACGAGUGGGAGUGCAAGCAGCGCAUGCUGGCGCGCGAGGAGCGGCACCGGCGCCGCCUGGCCGAGGAGCGGUUCCGCCCGCCCUCCCCUCCCCCUGUCGUCCACUACUCCGACCACGAGUGCAGCGUGGUGGCUGAGAAGCUCAAAGAUGACACCAAGUUCUCAGAAGCCAUCCAGACCUUGCUGACCUGGAUAGAACGUGGGGAAGUGAACAGGAGAACUGCCAACAACUUCUACUCCAUGAUCCAGUCAGCCAACAGCCACAUCCGCAGGCUCGUCAACGAGAAGGCAGCACACGAGAAGGAGAUGGAAGAGGCUAAAGAGAAGUUCAAGCUGGCUCUCUCAGGGAUCCUGGUGCAGUUCGAGCAGAUAGUGGCCGUGUACCAUUCUGCCUCCAAACAAAAGGCUUGGGACCAUUUCACGAAAGCUCAGCGUAAGAACAUCAGCGUGUGGUGCAAACAAGCAGAGGAGAUCCGUAACAUCCACAAUGAUGAGCUGAUGGGCAUUCGGAGGGAGGAGGAGAUGGAAAUGUCUGAUGAAGAAAUAGAAGAUCCAUCAGAGAUGAAAGAAACGGAAGAGUCUGCGCUGGUGUCACAGGUGGAGGCACUGAAGGAGGAGAACGACAGCCUGCGCUGGCAGCUGGACGCCUACCGCAACGAGGUGGAGCUGCUCAAACAGGAGCAGGGCAAGGCCUCCAGGGACGAGGACACCACCAAGGAGCAGCAGAUGAAGCUCCUCCAGCAGGCUCUGCAGGGCAUGCAGAAGCAUCUUUUGAAAGUCCAAGAGGAGUACAAAAAGAGAGAAGCUGAGUUGGAAAAAGUGAAAGAGGACAAACUGAAAAUAGAAACAUUACUAGAAAACCUGAAGGAGCAGCAGAGCAUGGCAGAUGAAGAGGACAAGGAGGGAGAUGUAGCUGACUGCCAAGGGAAUGAGAGCAGCACAUCCAGAGUUUGUGCCUGCAGCCAGGAGAAGGAAUGUCCAGUGGAGAAGACUUUGAGCAACAGCCCUGUGAAAUCUGAACGAGAAGUUCUCUUGGUUGGGAUAAUUUCAACUUUUCUCCACGUGCAUCCCUUUGGAGCCAGCAUUGAGUACAUCUGCUCCUACCUGCAGCGCCUGGACAGCAAGAUCUGCACAGCUGAGGUGGAAGUGCUCAUGACACGGCUGCAGAACACGUUCCGCCAGGAGCUCAGCGGGGUUGGGGCCAGCCUGGAGAAGAGGUGGAAGUUCUGUGGCUUUGAUGGGUUGAAAAUGACUUGAGCUUUGUCUUCGUGCUGGAAACAGUGGGAUGUGGAUGCUGAGAAAACCUGGGAUGCUCCUCCCUCUGUUCCUGAUGAUUCCCUCACAGCACGGCCUCGGGGUACAAAGUGUAAAAGUGAAACCAAGUCCAGAGCACCGCUGGAAGAACCUCCAAGUUCUGCAGCUCCUUUGAUCAGUUAUUUCUUAAUGGGCAAGUGCUGUUCAAUAUAUUUGGGGGAAAAAAAGCUCCUGCCUGACCCUUUGAAGCACAGCGUGUCAACUCUGUGUUCUGCCAAUGUUGUAUGUGCUUGUGUGCCCAAAUUCCUCCUCCUCAGCCUUCCUUCUGCUAGGAACAGCCUCAGACUGUCCUGAAGCAACCACAGAGGGACAUCUUCUGGUUUCUAGAUCACCAAAAGGGGAAAAAAAAGGCAUUUUUUAGCUAUUUCUAUGAGUAAAAACCAAGGUAGUUUUAAACAGAAGAUUUAGAUGGCUCAGGGGCCUCUGAGCCAAGGAACUGGGUUUUUUUGUGCUGUUUUCUCUGUUAGCAGUUAAGCUGAGGUGGGGGCAGAGGAAGAUUCUGGCAGUGCCACUCAUGCUCUGGGUCAGUCUAUACAGAAUCUUUUACAUGGUGUUUAAUUUUCUAGGGAUGUGGGUGGAGCAGAGCUAAUCAGCCUGGCUUUUGGUGAUUUUUACCACCCAGUUCCUCCCCCUCCUUUGCUUCGGAGCCCAAGCUCAAGCAGCACGGACUACUCUGCUCCUUCACCUUCCCAGCACUGUUGCUCACAUUCCUAGUGCAUGCCAGGCUCCUGCCCAGCUGUGCAGAGGUGCAGGGGGGCUCAGCUCAGCCCCUCCCAGCCUGCCCAGAGCCCUGAGCACCCCGUGUUCCCAGCCUGGUGUCACCUGCAGAGCUCAGUGUUCCUGUUCUGCACAUCCCAGUGUGUUCCCAGCAUGGCUGCUGUCACGCUUCCAGCCCCUCCUGUUUGCUCCCCAUGCCCUUCACUUGGGCUACUGAUCCACCUCAUCUUUGGGGAAGGAGUACCAGUUCCUAUGUUCCUGUUUUCAGGCAUUUCCCCAGUUCUCAGGCACAUCCCCAGCCCUGGUGCCAUCCUGCCAGGUGCUUCUCCACCCUGGCCAUGGCCAAGGUAGUGCCCAGGUGAGUACAGGGACAUUUCUGGUGUGUUCUGUGUACCUGCCACAGACACCUGCUAUUGUGUGAACCAAUUCCUCAUCCAAAACCCCAAAAUUCCACUGGUGACACCAGGCUUGGAGCCAGGUCUUGAACUACUGGCUCUGUUUCUCCCCUUGCCAUUCCCUGCAAUGGGAGAGAUAGAGGAGAGCGCUCCCGUGCUCCUGCUCCAUUUCCCAAUCAUCCCAAGACCCUGAGGUCUCUUCAGAUCCCUUGGAUUUCUCCCUGUACCUUCAUCCUUCAGCCCAGAUGAACCAUCCUCCUCCUCGUUGUUGCUGCCAUUGGCAGAGCCUGGCACUGGGGUAGUCGGGGUGGUCACAGAGGAGACACCCCUGAUGUGCCAGGUGGGAAUGUGGCACCUGUGCCAUCUGUCCCUUGGGGUCAGCCAGGGGGAGAGAGGGCAGGGUGCCGUGUGCUCAGUGAGAGCUCUCCUUGGGAAAAUCGGGGAAGAAGCUUCAGGAGCCAGCACAGUUGCAGAGGCCUGAGAACAGCCAUGGCUGGAACAGCCUGGAGCCAGGGAAGGCGUGGGAUCAGUGGGGCCAGGGGGAUCAGUGGGGCCCAGGGGGAUGUGUGGGGACAGGGCUGGGCUCCCCAGCGUGGCAGCUCCUGCAGCACAAAGAUUGGCUGGCUCCCAGCCUCUGCUGGAGCUGGGGCUGGGGCACCGUGGGCAGCCAGAGCCCCCUCCUGGGGGGCUGAGGGGGCUGGGGCUGUUGGAGAGACCGGACAGGUUGUUCCACGGGGCAGCAGGAGGGAGAGGAGCCAGGAGCUGUGGAGCAGUGACUGGUGCUGUGAAAGUGAGUCAGGGCUAGAGCACCCCAGGGUCCUGCUGCUUCCCCUACCCAGGGCCAUUCCAAGGGGCUGAGGAUUCUCCCAGGAGGAAUCUGUCCUACAGAGGGGCUGCUGAGGUGACAGCCAGGGAUGGGUGACAGGGACCUUCCCUUGGCAUUGGGCUGUUCCCACCUGGGCUGUUGCUCUUCCUGCUCCCAGCACUGAGUGCUUGCCACACUGGGAGCAGAUAAAAACCCUUUUAAAAAAUGUUCUGAAUCGUUGUGUCCCUGCAGAUGAAUGCUGUAUUUUUAAGGAAUAAACAUUUUUUAUG